AUGGCGACAAGCUCUUUCCCUCCAGAAGAAAUGCGAUUUGUCUUUGCACGCGCCAUAGAAAAUCCUACUCAUUAUACAUCUAAGGAAAAUAUUGAGCAAGGAAUUUAUGACAACCAUCCUGAUCCGUGUGCAGCAUGCAGCGCAGCCUUGGCAUUCACAGAUGCUGAUCUUAUGUUGGGGUCAAAACCCCAUAACAGACCACUCUUUGUUUGUGGGUAUAUUCGAAAGCAAAGGAUCAACCGUAUUCUUAUUGACAGAGGGUCCGCGGUCAAUAUCAUGCCUAAGGCUACUAUGGAGAAAUUGAAGAUCACCAGGGAGGAUUUGUCAGAAAGCCGCUUGAUGAUACAAGGAUUUAAUUUAGGAGGUCAACGAACCAUGGGGAUGAUCAGAGUUGAUUUGUCUAUAGGGGAGAUGAUGGCAACCACAGUCUUCCAUGUGAUUGACUCGAAGACAUCUUAUAACUUGUUGUUAGGGCGGCCCUGGAUGCAUGAAAAUGGCUUGGGCGUCAAUCUUGCAUCAAUGCCUCAAAUACUAUAG